AUAGUUUUACUAGCUUACCUUACCAUUAUACCGAUACUCGACGUGUACGGUUAUUAUAUACCUCCUAACCAUGUCUUUCUGAGCUACAUGUCGCAACUCGCAACGUGCCUUAAUUGUCGAUUAAUUGAAAUUUUGUCGAUUUAAUUUUUAAGCUGUCGCUUCGUUCUUAAACGUACUUAACAUCUCUACACCACAAGAUGGGUAGAGAGGACAAAGCGGCUUGGAAAGCAAACUAUUUUGAUAAAUUGGUGUCUCUGUUGAAUGAGUUUCCAAAAUGUUUCAUUGUUGGUGCCGACAAUGUUGGAUCAAAACAAAUGCAACAGAUUCGAAUCAGUCUUCGUGGAAAUGCUGUUGUUCUUAUGGGAAAAAAUACCAUGAUGAGAAAAGCAAUCAAAGGACAUAUAGAACAAAAUCAAUCUCUUGAAAAAAUCAUGCCUCAUAUUAGGGGUAAUGUGGGAUUUGUUUUUACAAGUAAUGAUUUAGUUGAAAUCAGAGAUAAACUUUUGGAAAACAAAGUGCGUGCUCCAGCUCGACCUGGUGCUAUUGCCCCUUGUGAUGUAAUUAUUCCAUCCCAAAAUACUGGACUUGGACCUGAGAAAACUUCUUUCUUUCAAGCUCUUUCAAUUGCAACUAAAAUUUCUAAAGGAACAAUUGAAAUCAUUAAUGAUGUGCACAUUUUGAAAGAGGGAGAUAAGGUCGGUGCUUCUGAAGCUACUUUACUGAACAUGUUGAAUAUUUCUCCAUUUUCUUAUGGUUUAGCAGUACAAAUGGUUUAUGACUCUGGUACUAUUUUCGAACCUACUAUUUUAGAUAUUAAACCAGAAGAUUUGCUAAAGACUUUCAUGGCUGGUGUAACUCAACUAACAUCUGUUUGCUUAGCAGUAAGCUAUCCAACUGUUGUAUCUGCUCCACACAUGUUGAUUAAUGGAUUUAAGAAUUUGGUUGCUGUUGCUGCUGAAACAGAAAUUGAAUUCAAAGAAGCUGCUACUUUCAAAGAGUAUCUUAAGGAUCCAUCCAAAUUUGCUGUUGCUGUAGAAGCUCCGGUUGAAAGUGAAGCUCCAAAAGCAGGAAGUACCAAAAAAGAAGAGAAGGUUGAGAGUGAAGAAGAAGAGGACGAUGAUAUGGGCUUUGGUCUUUUUGACUAAGUUUUGUUCAUUAUUUUUGACUUUGCUAAAUUAAAAAAAAAUUAUAUUAAAAAAAAAAA